AUGGUCCCUCAAUUUGCUAAUCAUGUUCCACAGCCAUUUCCAAAGCUGAUCCGGGAUCAGCUUCGAUCGGCUAUGAGCACUUCCCACCAGCCGGCAUUGCCAGUCCCCGCGCCAGUGUCGACUCACGCAACUUCUUCGGUUCAGAAUAAUGUGCGCCCUUAUCCCGAUAUGCUAAGCGUACCCCCAGUUCCUCCUCCGAGGACUUCCUCCCAUAAGCACACCAGUCGCAGCCCCAAUGGUUCGUCAAGAGACAAGGACGGAAAUUCUCGUGGCAAGAGUCGAUCCGACCGCAAGGAAAAUCGUGACAGGACACGCGACGACCGGAACGGCAAGAGUCGGACCCGCCGAGCAGACCCCCUGGAGGAGACGUCAAAAGAGCCCGGAAGGUCACCGAUUUCUGCCCCCAUGGGCUCCACAGAAUACGGCAUGGAGGAUCCCUCGGAACAAGGUCUGGUGAAGGAGCCAAGUACAGUUAUUAACUCUGUCAUGGCGAGCGACCCAUUUGUAGAUCGGGAGCGAGAACAGGUGCGCCAAACGGGUGCAUCACCUGUGGAGGGUGGUGACACGGCCCUGCCUGUCGGGUCUGAGAGCACAAAUGAUGGGCGAACUCCUGGAUACCGAAGCCGCCACGAUUAUUCCAACAAUGGCAACACUGUCAAGCGCAAGGAAACCACCUUUGGUUCCUAUAUCCUGGGCCAGACGCUUGGUGAAGGAGAAUUCGGAAAAGUCAAGUUGGGAUGGAAGCGAGAUGGGAGCAUUCAAGUUGCGAUCAAACUGAUCCGAAGAGACUCACUCGGUACCAAUCCCUCGCGCCUACCAAAGAUCUAUCGUGAAAUCUCGAUUCUCCGCGAGCUUGCGCACCCGAAUAUCGUCCGACUCCAUGAGAUGGUGGAAACUGACCGCCACAUUGGUAUCAUCAUGGAGUACGCGUCUGGUGGCGAGUUGUUCGACUACAUUCUAAACAAUCGCUAUCUCAAGGAUAACUCCGCACGUCGACUCUUUGCCCAGCUGGUUUCUGGUGUAGGCUACCUGCAUAAAAAGGGUAUUGUGCAUCGUGAUCUGAAGCUGGAGAAUCUGUUACUGGAUCGUAAUCGCAACAUCAUCAUCACGGAUUUUGGAUUUGCCAAUAGCUUCAAUCCAAUUGAUCAAUUGGAGGAGGAGAUUGAAUACAAUUUGACAAAUAAGGAAUAUGUGAAAAGAAAGCGAUUGGACAAGCCUGGCCCUGAUGGAUUGCGCCGUGGUGAUCUGAUGCAAACCAGUUGUGGAAGUCCUUGUUAUGCUGCCCCAGAACUCGUUGUGAGCGAUUCUCUUUACACUGGACGGAAGGUAGAUGUGUGGAGCUGUGGUGUGAUUUUGUAUGCUAUGUUAGCUGGCUACCUUCCCUUUGAUGACGACCCUGCGAACCCUGACGGCGACAACAUCAACUUACUGUACAAGUACAUUGUCACGACCCCACUCACCUUUCCCGAAUAUGUCACUCCACACGCUCGUGAUCUCUUGCGACGUAUUCUAGUUCCUGAUCCUCGCAAACGAGCUGAUCUUUUCGAGGUUGCGCGCCACAGCUGGCUGAGUGAAUACUCUCACAUUGUCUCGCACAUCACCAGCAGCACAACCAACGUUGCGGACAUUGCCAAUUCGACUGUUCCAGCUGAAAAUCAAAACGAAUCAUCAUUGGCACGUAGUGCUUCUGUCCGUGAACCACCGAAGACUAGCCAAGGCAACGUUUCUGCUGUUGGUGGACUGAGCCAUCACGCUGGUGACGUCUCUCAAGGCUCUCCCAGUGAAAAGUCCAAGACCUCGCGUGACGCUAAGCGCCGAACAGUCCAGGUCGAGUACGUUGCUCCUCAGUCGCAGACUACAAGAGGUGAAUACCCACCUGAAGGCUCCGAGUCACAUCCCCGAGAAGCCGCUCAAAUGGAGGCUCCGAUUACCGAGGCUCCUCCUAAGCCACCAGCUAAGGACCGUGCUGAGAAGCCACCCGUCAACUACGACAAGCCGUUGCCUACUCAUUUCCCACGAUCCACCUCAGAUUAUCCUGUUCUCAGUGGACCGAAUACCACAGUCCCAGUUGCACCUCUACCCCCAUCAACGCGUCCUCAGACAGGUGGAUCUAUGGCAUCUUUCAACACUGGUCGUCUUCCUUCCCGCGGACAACCUGUGGCACCAAUGGUCACCGCAACUAAUACCGAAGGCCGUCUGGCACAGCCUAAGAGCAGACAGUUUGCCUUCCCUCAGAACCCUGCGCAAUCAUCCAGCGCCUCGAUUGGUCGUCCUAGCACCCAACAGUUACCAUCUGCCUUCAACCCAACGCCGCGCCAAGAGCCACCGGCCAAGAGUGCUCACAAGCGCUCCAACACCGUCAGCAGCAUUGGCGAGAAGUUGUUUGGGCGCUCGAGUUCUAUCAUGGGUGGUCGCAAUGCACAGGGCGCUGCUUCUCGUGGUGCGCGACAGACCAAGCGAUACCCUCCUACCAGCAUGAAGGAGAAUGUGCCUCGUGAAGAUUCCCGAGUCUCCAUGGAUUCCCGCCGAUCAAUGCAACACUCGCACAGCCGCAAGGCCAGCGAGGCUGGGGAGAGUCGUCCCCGUCGCUUCUCUCUGCUCCCGGCUUCCUUCUCCCUUCGAGGCCUCACAGGGACCCGAUCACAGACUCCUGAGGAAACCUCCCUGCCUCCACGUCUCGCAGAGCACCCUCCACAGCGUCCAGCCACUGGACCCAUGCCGAAUCGCCCUCGUGCAACUAGCUACGGCACACAGGAGACUAUGGGCAUGGUGAACGAGGGACCGAGCGAUGAGGUGCACGAUGAUUCGAAACUUAGCAGUGAGCCCGAGCCACUUAGCUACGAGGCUCAGAUUGAUCAGCAAUUUGCGGAGCUUGGAAAUCGAUUCGACCAGACCCAUGAAACCUUUGCCAACUUCUCUUCCGAGCAUGUCUACCAAAACAGCGAUGAUCAGUAUUCUGGAGGAAACCACAACUAUGGAUCUAAGCCAAACUACUACGAUGAUUACAAUAGCGCCCAUGACAGUCUGCCUCGCGAGUCUAUGCAAGUGAGUCGCCCUGCUCGUGGAGCGAAUGUGCUCCAGAAGAACAACCGCAAGUUCGCCGAUGCUUAUGAGUAUGAGCGGGAUUCCUCUCAUCACUCUGGUAGCUCAGGUGCUGCUCGUAAGGUUAUGGACUUUUUCCGCCGUCGAGCGAAGUCCCGUGCUGGUGAUGGUCAGUAA